AAAGGCUUUGCCGCUGGACAAUUAAUUAGAACGUUUUCUGAAUAGCAAACAAUUCACAAACCAAGCAAAAUGAAAUUCUUCAUUGUUUUCUUCGCCCUGAUCGCUGUUGUGCUGGCUGCAGGAUAUGGCAAUCAAGGACAUGGCCAGCAGGGACAUGGCCAGCAAGGAUUCGGUGGUGGACAUGGCCAGCAGGGACAUGGCCAGGGUGGACACGGUCAGCAAGGAUUCGGAGGUGGACAUGGCCAGCAGGGACAUGGCCAGCAAGGAUUUGGACAGGGUGGACAUGGCCAGCAAGGAUUCGGACAGGGUGGCCAUGGAAACCAAGGCGGACACGGUGGACGCUACUAAAAAGGAUAACCUGAUAUGAUUCUGAAAAAUAAAAAAAAAAAUUAAGUCGAAA